CAACACCAAAUGGCGGAACAUCAAGUGGUGGAAAUGGAGCAACACCAAAUGGCGGAACAUCAAGUGGUGGAAAUGGAGCAACAGGUGGAACAAAUGGAACAACAUCAAAUGGUGGAAAUAAUGGAACAACACCAAAUAAUGGAACCAUACCAAUUCCUUCAAACGGAACCGGUAUUGUUAUACCGCCAUCAAAAACUUCCGGAUCGUAUGGAUUAUAUGGUGAUAGUAUCAUUAUUUAUGCUCUAACCAAACCAUUAGUCCUUGUAACAUAUUAUUGUAAUUAUCCUUCGCAAUCCUAUCAAAGGUGUGGAAUUAUAGUAGAUUGGUCUACUAAAAGUGCUCGAGGAGAUGUGAUUACAUUUGAUAAAAGUUGUACAGCUAGCCAAAUAAUUAAAAGUUAUAAAUAUGAUGGAUUUAUGUACACAUGCUACGAUUAUACAACUAAUACUUUAACUUGGACGCCAUAUAUAUUGAACACAGAUGGUUCAAUCACGAAAAGAUCAAGUGGCAAAACCACCGAAAUUGCACAGAUUUCCAAUAUGACACAAUUUUCAAAAUAUAUAAAAAUUUUUCCUAUCGAGAAUGAUGAUUACGGAUUAGUUUACACUAAAAUUGUGCCCCAGACUGGAUUAGGAAUAACAAGUUCAACAACUUCAUGGUCACUUUAUGUAAUGUGGAUUUCCAGCCAAGACUCUUCGAUGACAGGAGAUGUAUCUAUAUAUCGUUCACAGCCCGGUACAAAUACUACUGAUUUUAAUUUGUACCAAUGUUCUGUUUCACAUGAUUCAAUUGGAUACAACUGCUUAGUAUAUACUAAACGAACUGAUAAAACCGUAUACGUCAAUAUUAACUUUUGGAAAAAUGGUAAUGUCAAUAAAACGAGUGAAAUUAGUUUAAAUUUGCCUGCCCCAUAUACUACAUAUAAUGUGAUAGAUGUUCAGCCUUUAAGCUAUGGAGGUUAUAUUUUUAUUACUGAGAACUCUACAAACACUGGUGAAGCUGGCGAUGUUAAAGGGUUUAUAUAUUACGAUAAUGGAACUUUGUAUGGUCCUUGGGGCAUCCCUGGUUUUGCAUCCAAUAGUCCGAUCGUUGGCGGUGGAGCGUUUGGUUCAGUCGUCAGUCUCUCACCAGCUCCGAACACGGUCGUUUCGCCACCGGUUUCAGUGCUUGGCUUAACGUACGCUGUUCCAGUUAGUAAAUCCACUGGAUCUUUCAAAAUCUGGGAAGUAAACACCUCUGGAGGUGAUGACACUUUGCGUGGCCAAAUUCCAGCCUCUGAUGAUAGAGUUAAAAUUAACAAUACAGAUGUAACUGUAAGCCUCUUCCCAUUCUAUACAGCGAGUGGUAAUAAGCAAUAUUACACUACAGUAGAUGAUGACGCAAUAAAAUAUGCGGCAGCAGAUCAGAAUCUUAAUGGUAUCGACAGAUUAGUGUGGAAUUACUCUACAUCUGCGGCUAGUGAUACUUCUUCGGGUGGUGCAUCCACUAUCGUUCGUCUAACCCCCGGAGGAACUUCACAAUACGUAAAUUUAUCACCAAAUGAUCAAUCUACAUUUGCCAAAACUUUGGGUAGUGAAAUUGCCACGGCUCUUGAAUGUGAUUCCUCGCGUAUUACAAUACCGACACAUUAUCAAUACAGUAAUUUUAAUAAUUCUGGUGAUCAAAUUUUUAUGCGUGUUAAUAUUGCCCAAGGACAAGGUCAGGAUAGAGGUGCAUCUUACCUUGCCAGUGAUUUAAAUGACAUGAUCGCGAACAAGGCUUCUUCACCAAUUUCCACUGGUACCAAUUCUAAAAACCUUGAUCAAUAUAAUGGUGCUUGGCUAUUACCUGUCUUAUGGAAUAGAUACAAAUAUAUCCUUAUUGGCGUCUUCAUUGGACUUGCGUUGUUAGGUCUUUUAUGGUGGCUUGCAUGUCGUAGACGCUACAGUAGAUUUGGAAAAGAGAAACGACGACAAUAUGCGAUGCUCAACUUCUUGACCAUUUUUGUGUCUACGCUAAUAAUAGUGGAUCUCGUAUUAGACAUUUUAUUUAUUGUUUUUCAUGGAAAGGAUGAAAAGUGGAUUUUGCCUGUCAGCGUUGUUUUCUUAGUGGUUCCCGUCGCCUUCAGCACUCUGUUUACGUUCUUAAUUAUUAGUCGCGAACUUAGCGAAGAUAAAUAUAGAAAAUGGUGGCAAACGCAUAGUCGCACUGCUCUAGCUACAACGCUUUUAUCUGGACUUGAUGUCGAAGCUUUGAACGUGGCAUCUUCACGCACUGCUAGCAUUGGUUCACUAAACGCUCCUUAUUCACCAGAAGCAGAUAGGCGGAUUUUCUAUGCUACUACUAUUCUUCUACUUAUUGAAGACGUACCUCAGUUUAUAUUUUUGAUCAUUUAUCAAAAAGUUACUAUCAUUCCGGCCAUUAUUCCUAUUCUUGUACUUUCUUCAUGCACUAUUCUCAUAGUUAUCAGAGUCAUAUCAAUAAUAUAUCUUGCAUUCUUCUGUGAUCGAGAAUGGCGAUAUGAGGAUGAAAUUCUCGACGAUGACCCUACGAGAGAAACCACUUUUGCUGAUGCGCCUUCGGAAAAACCAGCAAAGAAAACGCAUAAUAAACCAGAUAAUCGGCCACCAGGCCAGACGCAUAUAAUUUCACUUUCGGAUCCAGAUCCACUUCUUGUAGAUAUUAGAGAUAGAGAUAACCAUGAAAAGCCUCCAGGAAGGCAUCCAGCAUUUGUCGAACCUGGCAUAAUGUCUGAUGUAAAGAAUGGAAAGAAAGGAAAAGAUACUUCCAAAACCCAAGAAUCCAAAAAUCUUCGUCCUCCUGGCACUGGAGUAGGAGCGCGUAUAAGUGACAUUAGUAGUGAUGUUGAAAGACCAAUAGGAAAAUACACUGAAAGUCAAGUGAUGGACUUACCAUCAGACGAAGGGCAUUUCGAAACUAGAAGAACGCAAUAUGUAGAUGAAUACGGUGUUACCCACAUCAGAGAAGAACAGGUUUAUGUUCCUGAAACAACAAUUACUACAUCUCGUGAAGAAUUUGAUUCUCAGUUUGAUGUACAUCGAUCACAUAGACAAGGUGAUGGAACUCAAGGCGAAAUAGUUGUUGAUGAACGUACUUACACUUUAGGUGAUGCUCCUAAUAUUACAAGUGACACUCAUCGAUCACAAACGCAAAUUAGCCAAGGUGAUGCACCUGAAAUAAUUCGCUCACCUAUGAGUACAAGAGAACAAACAACAACUUACCAUUUACCAAGUAGUCAAAGCUCAACUACAACUACUACUAUAAGAGGUACCCCAACAACUACUACAAAUACUUUUAUAGGCACUCCAACAACUACUACAACCACUUGGCUGAGUGAUCAAGAAUUCCGAGAAUUGCAAGGCGGAAAUCACGGCGGGAAUCAUGGUGGUUCUCGUACAUAUACAACAGAGGAGACACACCAAUUACCUGGAGGAAUAACUGAGACAGUCUAUACAACUACCACAGAAAGAAGUGGUCAAGAAUUCCGAGAAUUGCAAGGCGGAAAUCACGGUGGAAAUCACGGUGGUUCUCGUACACAUACAACAGAGGAGACACACCAAUUACCUGGAGGAGGAACUGAAACAAUAUAUACAACUACUACAGAAAGUAGUGGUCAAGAGUUCCGAGAAUUGCAAGGCGGAAAUCACGGUGGUUCUCGUACAUAUACAACACAGGAGACACACCAAUUACCUGGGGGAGGAACCGAGACAAUCUAUAGAACUACCACAGAAUCAGCUGAAAGAGAAACUGAAUAA